AUGAAUUUCAGAGAAAAUAGAAUUAUUAAGAAAUACAUCAAAGUGGAUGAAAAAGGAGCUGGAUCUGCAACCAUGGGCAUAUUUGUGGGAGUUUUUGCAGCAGCUUUCGGAGGGGUGUUAUUAGGGCAUGAUACUGGUACAAUUUCUGGGAUAAUGGCAAUGGAUUAUGUUAAGAAAGAAUUCCCUGCGAAUGGUUCAUCCUUUACAUCCGAAGAAUCUUCUUUAAUCGUGUCGAUUUUAUCUGCUGGCACUUUCUUUGGGGCAUUAUUGGCGCCAUUGCUUUCGGAUACCUUAGGGAGAAGGAUGUCUUUAAUUAUUGCUACGUUCAUUGUUUUUAACCUAGGUGUUAUUUUGCAGGCUAUUGCUACCAGUAUUCCAUUAUUUUGUGCGGGUAGAGCCAUAGCUGGACUUGGUGUUGGUAUAGUAUUUGCUGUUGUUCCAUUAUACCAAUCAGAGGCCUUACCGAAAUGGGUCAGAGGAGCCAUUGUUUCUUGUUACCAAUGGGCAAUCACUAUUGGUUUACUUUUGGCAGCAGUAGUUAACCAAGGCACACAUACACGAAAUAAUUCUGGUUCAUAUAGAAUUCCAAUUGCCAUACAAUUAGUAUGGUCAUUAAUAUUAAGCACUGGUAUGCGUUUCUUACCUGAUACGCCACGUUUCUGGCUCCACAAAGAAAGAGAAGAUAAGGCAAAAGACUCAUUGAGAAUAUUGAGAAAAUUGCCUAUUGAUCAUCCAGACCCAGUUGAUGAAUAUAAAGAUAUCAAAGCUGCCUAUGAUUUCGAAUGUUCUUUUGGAAAAGUCAUCUGGACUGAUGUAUUUUCUCCCAAGAAUAAACAAUUGAAGAGAUUAUUUACUGGUGUUAUGAUUCAAGCUUUGCAACAAUUAACGGGUGUUAAUUUUGUAUUUUAUUUUGGGACUGCAUUCUUUCAAAACGCUGGUAUUAAAAAUGAGUUCCUUAUAUCUUUAGCAACUAAUAUUGUUAAUGUCGGACUAACUGUUCCAGGGAUUCUAUUAAUUGAGUUUGUCGGACGUCGUUCUAUGUUAUUAUAUGGAGCUUUGGGAAUGUCUCUUUCUCAGUAUAUUGUUUCCAUAGUUGGUAUUAGUACAGAUAGUAAUACAUCUAAUAAUGUCUUGAUUGCAUUUGUUUGCAUUUUUAUUGGAUUUUUUGCUUCAACUUGGGGUCCAAUUGGAUGGGUUGUCGUGGGAGAAAUUUUUCCGCUCAGGACUAGGGCAAAGUCUGUUUCAAUUUCAGUGGCUUCAAACUGGCUUUGGAAUUGGGCAAUUGCUUACGCAACUCCAUACAUGGUAGAUUCAGGUAAAGGCAAUGCCAAUUUAGGAACAAAAUUAUUCUUUAUUGGGGUUCAUUCAAUUUAA